CAGCACGGAAGGGAGUUGUUGAGGGCAGGCAGGCAGAGGAGGUUGUGCGACGCGGACAUAUAUAACAGACGGGAGAGACAAUUGACGUUAGCUGACCCGUGUCUCCGCGCUCGAGAGAGAGAGAGAGCGCGCCGCCCCCCGUUUUUUGUUUCACCGCGACUCCCCCGGGUGGCGCAGAAGGAAACGCUUCGCGCCGCGAAAUCCUAGGUUCGUUUCUUGCGCGUCGCGCAAUAUAUAAUAUAAAAAAAAAUAAAAGUGGUGCCACACAGUGCCGUCGUAUCGCGCUCUUCGCGUCGUCGCAAAGUAUCGCGCCGAUAUAUAUAACGCGACUUGUAAUAAUCCAGGACGAGAAGUGGUGUAUGAUGAUCUGAUCGCGGUCUCAACAUGACCGUGGAUUUUGCUGAUUACUUUUGGGGCGAAAAGAAUAAUGGAUUUGAUGUAUUGUACCAUAACAUGAAGCAUGGUGUGCUCGCCAGCAAGGAAUUGGCUGAAUUUUUGCGCGAGAGAUCAGCCAUUGAAGAAAACAAUUACAAACUUCUUAGUAAGGUGGCAAAGCAGGCGAGCAAUAGCACCCAAGGAACAUUCGCACCUGUAUGGGCCGCUCUGAGAGGUGCCGCUGAGAAACUCGCCGUUCUGCACUUGCAGAUGGCCCAGCGGGUCAGCGAACUCAUAAAAGAUGUGUCAAAAUACGCGGACGAACUGCAUAAGAAGCACAAGGCUGUGAAGGAAGAAGAAUCUUCUACUUUAGAAGUUGUACAGAGUAUACAAAGCAUUACGGUUACGUUGCAAAAAGCAAAAGACAAUUGUUUGCAAAGGAGUCUCGAAUUAGAGAAAUUGAAGAAGGACAGUGCCAGUCAGAGGGAACUGGACAAGGCGGAGGCCAAGUUCAAAAAAGCGCAAGACGAUUACAAAGCUCUUGUGGACAAAUACACAAUUAUAAGAAACGAUUUCGAGACAAAAAUGACUCAGGCGUGCAGGCGGUUUCAAGAUGCGGAGGAGACGCAUCUUAAGCACAUGAAGGAGUUCUUAAACACAUACGCCGAUGUUUUGCAAACUAAUCACGAGCAAGUCGGUCAGGUGCAUAUAGAUUUCAAACGUCAAUGCGUUGACAUGACGGUGGAAAAGUUGUUGGAACAAUUCGUUCAGAGCAAGUACACGGGUUUCGAGAAGCCAGGUGUGAUCGAGUAUGAGGAGGUCAUGACCAGUUUGGCGGAAAUGACCAGCCACUCUCAGUCCGAGGGCAGUGCGGAGACACCUAAGGAAACGUCGAAGGGCACCAACGGCGAAACAGGCGUAGCCGGUAACAAUCACAGUUCAAAGAAAGAUCAGGGAUUAAAAGGGGAGGGUGGUACUUUAAAGAUACUGGAUGGGGAAAAGGGGAGGGUAAUACUGGAAAAGGAUAGAGAAAAAGAAAGACAAAAGGAAAAGGACAGAGAAUUGUCACAUGCACAAGCCACCAAGGCUUCCCGCCGUACUACCUCGCUACUCAACCUGUUCAUGUCCAACUCCCAGGACAAACAGAGGCAAGCAGGGUCGUCUGGUUCGGCACCUGCCACACCUCAAGGGAACAACCUGCCUCCUGCUGUUCCACCUCCCAGCAUCUCCAGGAACCCUCUCAGAGGAUCUAAAUGGUUUCUUCGCAGUAGAAGAGAGAAGCGAAAGGAAAAGAAGGCGAAGAAGAAGAAGGACCUAGUGGAGACGAGUAGCAACAAAGAAGAAAAGUCUGACCUGUCAGUAUAUACACGAACAGCAGACCUAGUGCACACGGAGGAGGACAAGGACGACAGCAGAAAAUCGGAAACGCCCACGCCGGAAGUAGACGAGGAUGGUUUUUGCAUCAGGCCAAAGCCGGAUCCGUGGGAAAACGAGAAGGGAUUUUAUUCGAGCUCGGACACGGAUUCGGAAGACGAGAGAGAACGCAAGAUUCGAGUGGAGAUAAAACCUUUGAGCAACGGCGGCGCACCCAUGAGCGCCAGUGUAGACGAACUGAGAGCGACAGUAGAAAAUUUGUCCUUAUCACCUGCACCAACAGGACGUAGGGGCUCGAAUACUGAUUCUGAUCAUCAUAUGAAAAGGUCUCAGUCAGUGUCACAACAAUUAGGAGGUAAGCCAAGCUCAGAUUUACUUGGCCUAAACUUGUUCAAUCCUAGCAGUACGCCGUCGAGCGCGUCAACACCGACAGGCAGCCAUCCUUACGCUCCGCUGCAGAGUCCACCGCCGCUAUCGACGUCGCCAACCCCAUCGCAGCCACCGCCACCGCAGUCUGCACCGCCUACUACACAUCACCGAUUCCCGGAUGGAGAUCUAUUUUCGGAAGUCGGAGACAUCACACCGGCCUUGCCGCCUAAACAGUCGGCAUCCUCGACGCCAACGGGAUCAAUUGUUAUACCGAGGCCGCCGUCACGGCGAGGAGACGGUCCUUCGCCGCGUGGCAGAAUGUCACCGGCAACGAUAUCUCGUGCCGAUAGCGUCGCCAGUUUGGAAUUUCGCACAGCUGGCGUGGGCGUAGGCUCUUCGCGAGGACCGUCUCCGCUCACAAUUGGCCUAGCCGAUACCAUUCCGCUGGCAGUAGCGUUCCACGAAAUAGUACAUUCCUAUUUCCGCGGCACCGAUGAGACUCGGUGUCAGGUGAAGCUUAGCGGCGACAUGAUGCUUUCGUUCCCGGCCGGCAUUGUCGCAGUGCUGGCAAACAAUCCUAAUCCCGCUAAACUGACCUUCCGCGUAAGAAACACCAAUAGGCUAGAGAGGCUGUUGCCAAAUAGCCAGCUCAUCAGCAUGGAUGCGACGCAAACUACCGUUGACAGUACAAUCUUCGAAUUCAACAUGAGUGCCUUAACUACGUUGCUACGGCGACAAGCUGAACAGAAUCCUUCGGCCUCGUAUUUCAAUGUAGACAUUCUCAAGUACCAGAUCAAAGCGAAAGAAGGUGCCGGCUCCUGUCCCUUCCAAUUGGUCGCAUAUUGGAAGUGCGAAUCGAAUCACACCGAUCUCAAGAUUGAUUAUAAAUACAAUAGUCGCGCCAUGGCCUCACCGAGUCCUCUGCUGAAUCUCCACGUGGCAGCGCCCAUUGACGGCGGUUUUAAGUCGCUCAACAGUAAACCGCCGGCUCAAUGGUUAUCCGAAACAAAUCGUGUACUAUGGAAAUUUACGGAAUUGUCGCAGCACAGCGAGAGUAAUGGGGUAGGGUCCUUGAAAGCGCGAGUCGAACUUGAACGUGGGCCAGGCAAUCAGGGCACGAUAUUCACUCAAUUCAAUUGUGAGGGGACCACGCUCUCAGGUGUCGAGUUUGAGCUUAUAGGCUCGGGAUACAGAUUGAGCUUAGUGAAACGAAAAUUCGUAUCCGGAAAGUACAUAUGCGACGGAGAUACAGACUCGCGUAGCAGAUACGCCGCGCCGCCAUCUAAUGCGGAUUGACGACUUCCAGAGUGGGCGCCUCAAUGGGAGAGUCAGCCUAUUUAAUAUUGGUACUCGCUUAAAAUCAUUCACUGCCCAUAUCACACGAUUAUCGAUUGUAUACCGCUCAUACGUUUGGAUACGUGUUUGGGAAGUUUGUUGGAUACCAAAGUGUGUGCGUUGACUUAAGGAUCAAAAAAAAAAGAAAGAUCUUUUUAUAGAAAUCAUGUAUCAAAGCGCGCACGCGCGCUUCGUUUGCGAGAAAAAAAAAAAGUGCAACAAAGCCGACCAAAGUAAUUUAUACGCUUAUUCCUGCAAAAGAUGAAAAAUGUGGUCGUUUAUUGUUUUUUCACGCAUUUAAUGCCGAACGUGGUUCUGUAUAUUCCAAGUCCAAGUGUUUGAUUGAAAAUCCAUAUUGUAUUUUAUCUCAGCGGAAACUUACAGUUAUACAGAAAAAAAAAAAAAAUGUAGAAGUAAGAUAUCUCUGCGCUGCGUUUGGCGUUAAAUGCAUUUCGACUUAAAUACGUUACCGGUAGCAACAAACAAUUUAAUAAAGAUCUGACUUCUGGUGUGUGAGUCUCGCAUCAAGGCGCACUUUUGACGGCGUUAACGUGCGUUCUAUGUGUUUUUAUAACGUAUAUUUUUUUAAUUUUCUACACAUCGCAUUAGAGUGUACUGUUUUAACGAAGUUUCUACGAUACAACGCCAUAAUAUAAUCGACACGAAUAAAAUAAAUCCUUCUAUUCCGUCGAACAAGAGAAUUUUCCCACAAAUGAAAAUUCUUUGGUGUCCAGCAUUAUUCUCUGACAUGACAAUUUAGCCAUUCGCCAUUUUUGAUUCUCUCUCUACAUAAAUCAAAAAAAAUGCGCAUCGCGUAAUUCUUUUCUUUCUCUUUUUUUUUCAAUCUCGACCUCUCCCAAAACAGUACAACACUCUUAUUGUUAUGUUUUGCGUUAUUUUUUAAUACAAAUAGUAUAUUAGCAAUUAUUAUAUAUAUAUAUAAAUAUAUAUAUUGUUAACCGCAUGAGAGCGGAGAAAAAGUGUAAAGGAUGUGUAAACGCCGAUUACGUAUAUAUGUACAUUUAGCAUUUAUAUUUUAAACGGUAGGGGAGAAGGACAUAAUACUACGAGUAUUUCAAUGAUGAGAAAUUUGCGUACGCCCAGUUUUUUAGUUUAUUUUCUUACGCAUGACGAAGACGAGAGAGAGUAUUUAAGUAGCGUUUUAAUCGCGUGCGCGAUUUAAUGCAAAUGAAACUGUCUUACCGUAUAUAAAAUAAUGAGAGAGAGAGAGAGAGUGAGAACGAAAGCAAAAAAAAAAAGUGAGAGAGAGAGAAAGAAAGAGAGAAUAAAAGAAAAAAAAACAGAGGUUAAAUCAACGAGAUAAUUUUUUAAACGUUAACACGUUUGACGUGCGAGACGAAUCAAAUAUACUGGUUCUGUAUUUUUGAACGUUUAAAAGCUAUAUAUAUAAAAACAUUUUUGAUGUCGAUAACAGAACUCUAGUUUUAGAUAUAGGAUAGUUUAACGGCGAACGAAAAGGAAAAAAGAGUCGUUUAUCUUAAAUAUUUAAAACUACGAGAUUCUUAUUGUUAGUAUUAUUAAACGUAUAAAAGUUUCUCUUCAUCUAUAUUACAGUUGCGACGCGUUUUCGUUUUCUCAUCUCGAAAGAAUAUCUUCUGUUACAAUUUGUCAAUCACACACUUGUUCACACAUGUCACACGUUUAGUGCUUUAUCUAGAGAUUGGUUUUUAACCCGUUAAUCUGAUCAAUUUUUAAUUUGAUGGUUUAUAAAUUGCGAAAUAUUUUUUAAACUAACGUGUUAAACCAUUUUAUAUAUACGAUAUACAGUGAAGUAAGUUUAAAUAGAAAUCAGAUCCUCGGAGGGAUAUUAUGUUCGAUGAGAGCAAUUUAUUUUUUGUGGUUUAAUAUUUUUUAAAUUUAUUCAUCAAAGCAAUUAUUAAGUCUUUAUUAUCAAUUAAUCAGUUGAAAAUAAUGAAUAUUAUUUACGAAUAAUUUUCAAGUGGUUUUUCAAUCACAUGGAAUAUUUUAACAAUUGACAAUUAACAAGUUUUGUUUUUAAUAUCUUGCAAAAAUACGUUGUGUCGUAUUUUGGAAAAUUAUAAGUGAUGACAAUUAAAUUUAAAAGUUUAUUUAACAAUAUUUGUCAUACACAAACAAACUGAAUUCAAAAAUAAUUACUCACGUAAUUAUAUCUUUGCUUAGAGCAAUUGUAUUACGAUAUAUAGCAUAUUUUAUUAUUAACCCAUUAAAGGCCAAAAGAGAUAUUGUAAAGAGAGGUUUUGUUGAAACCGGUUGUUUUUUAAAAAAAGACCUCAAUCUCUAAUAAAUAACAAAACUUACGAAAGAGUGCAAUAUGUAGAAUUAUUUUUAAUUGAAAAUUGUAAGUACGUUACAUAACGUUCGAAAAUUAGAUACGGGAAGAUAUUAAAAAAAAAAACUUAUUUGAAAAAUAAUUUGUAUUAAAAUUUAUACGUGUACACUUUUUUUUAAUUGCAACAAAAUGUCUGCGUUAUAGGCAUUAAUGGGUUAAACAGCGAUUUUUUUUUAUUGGCAAAAUUCUAUUAUGUAUUUCUUGUAAACAAAUUAACAGAAUUUAUUCUGUGCAUAUCAUAUAUCUGUUUCUUCACAAAAAUAUCUUGUUAUAUCCGAUCCGCUAAUUCUGGGGAAAAAAAAAACCCAAAAAACUGCGGAAUCGGUUUUUAAUUGCGCGCGUAUAAUGAGUAUAUAUGUACAUAUUUAAGAUUUAAGAUUAUAUAAAUGUAAGUCUUGUAAGAGAAGUCUGACUUGAAUCAUACAGUCCGGCACACACACACACACACACAAUGUUUUCUUCCAUGGUUAGCGACAUCGACAACAGAACGGCACUCGCUGUGUUUGGGUCUAAGAGAGUUCACUUCUUCUAUACUCGAAGCUAAUAUUAAUAUUAAUCGAUAAACCCUAGGAAAAAAAAAGUUCGUUAGACAAACAGCUCGACAGUUGAAGAAUCUAGUUUACGAAAGUUGACGGGGGCACUAAGAUACGUCAAAUACGUCUUUUUAUUGUAAUUAAUUGCUUAACCAGGCGCGACGUAUCAUUUCUUAUAAUUUUGUUGCUUCGAAACAAAAAAAAAAAAAA